AUGCAGAUUCCAAAGUUCCGAUGCUGGAAGGGCAAAUUUUAUCAAAAGAUAGAGGAUGUUGUGCCAGAUGCCUUCUUCAAGGUCGCCUUGAGGACACUACUAAGUCGUGAGAACGAGGCCAAGACAACUCAACUUAGAAAUGGGUUGACCUCGUUGUCGCAACUUGGUCUUGUUACUCUCUGCCACAAUGUCUGUAGCGAAGCAGCCUCGACCGACGAGAUGACGGCCUCUUCUGUCGAGGUCACUUUCGCAUCGACAAUGAGCCCGGCGUCCAGGUACGUCAAGAUGGGUAUUGCAGCAACAGAAGAUGUGUGA